AUGGCGGGAUUUAACAGCUAUACUCCCACUGCUGCGUAUGGUGAUGUAGCUUCAUUUGAGGAAGGCUUGAAUGUCAACUCAGUGCUCAGCCAGAUAAUCACCAAGAACUGUAAAAUGUGGCACUUGCCUAGUAAAAAGCAGAUAUGGAUUGCGCCUGGAGAUACAACCAAGCCUGGCCUUGUUUACAUUUAUCACUACAGCGCAAGGUAUGAAGAUGGCCGCGGAGUUUUCACCACUCGCACCUUCAAACAUGAUUUAACAGAUGUAGUAGAGGCUGACGACAAAGUAUUCAUCAGCUAUGGCGCUUGUAUCGGUGUACUUGACCCUACUAUCGACACUGACGGCGACGACCAGAUUGAAACCAUCAUGAUAGGGCAGGAAAGGUUAGCUUCAAAGCACUCCAUUCUCGUCAUGAACCGUCUGCUUAUCACCAACAAUCGCAUAGCUGGCUGGUGUCAGUUGCAGUGUGGUAAGAAGACCAAGACUAUUCCUCUCAGUGAUGGAACUCAUUAUGUCGCUGACUAUAAGAUGCCUGUUCAAGUUGCAACCAGCUACAUCGAAGAUGAACCAUACACUAGGUCUUACAAGGACACUAUAAUCUAUGCACCUGCUGGAAUCAAAAACGGUGUACAUAUCACCAAAGCAAUUAAGCUGACCGCUGGCACAAGGUUCUAUCUUCCAAACCAGCUUGACCGUACACCUCAGAUUCUUUAUGACACGGUGGUUGAUGCCAAGUACGUUCUCUGUGUUUGUGACGACAAUAAACUCAUCAUUGAGGACAGGAAUAAAUUCAAAGGCUGGCGUAACAAGUAUGCCUACACAGCCCUCUACUCAGAAGGAAGUUAUAUUCUUGACGAGAAGACCUUCACUGUGAAGAAGUUGGCAAGUGGUGAGUGGAUAACCACCGAUACUCUCGUUCCGCUCUGCGACCUCACUAUCACUGACUUCAGUGUCAACAGGCCGUAUGCACCAGCAGCUCAGCCUUUCAGCAGAAGCAUCACACUUACCAACUUUGCAGACCCAUUUUCUCAGGGCGGCGGCACAUCAACCACCAUACAGAAACGUGACAUUCCAGAACAGAGCGCACUUGAAACUGAGCUGGAAGCAAAGCUAGGUCAGUAUAACCAGUCUGGUAUCGACGCUGCUAAUGCGCUGCAGAAAGAGGCACUGGAGUACAUCAACCAAACCUACAACCCUAAUUGGCAGAUGUUGUAUGAUGAGUAUAAUGGCGACAUCGCGGCGGCCCUUGCCGACUAUCAGAAUACAUCUGACGCUACUCUAAAUGCCUACACAACUGCACUGGCUCAACGCGAAAACAUCUUCGGUGAGCAGUCAGACCAGAACCUGAUUGACUACAGGAAGCUGAUGAAUCAGGCCCUCGGCAAUCAGACAGACGAAAGAAAUCUGGCUAGUGGCGAGUAUGGCAGCGCACUGACUGAGGCAGCUCAGAAGUACGACCUCCAGCAGCGAGAAGACCUGAACAGCUAUAAGAAUGCACUGUCACAGGCAGAGAGUACAAACCAGCGUGACCUCUCUAAUGCUCUGGCUAAAUAUGACAACACCCAGCAGAAAAACCUGAGCCAGUAUCAAAGUACACUCGAUACUGAGAAAACUAAGUAUGAUGGCUCAAUGUCAAGUGCUCUUGACGAGUAUUCUAAGGGCAUGGCUAGUGUAAAUGCUAGGGCACAGGAACUGGCUGAUGGUAUCCUACCAAGCUCCUACAAUCAGAAUUUUCAGGCUGCGAUGAAAGAUGACCUCAACGCAUUGUAUGGAAGCAAGAUUUCUCAGCUGGCCUCCCGCGGCAUAAUUAACAGCUCUGUAACCAAUACUGCUAUGGACUCAAUUAGUCAAAGUAUCGCAGAUGCCUCAGCUAAAAACUUCAUACAGUCCUUGUCUUCUGCAUCCAGUCUGAACAAUGCAAGGGCAUCUAAUUUGGCUGAUACCAGAGUAGCCGACAGUAUAUACAAGGCGGCGCAGGGCUCAGCAGACUCUAUCUACAACGCUUCCGUUGCGAAUGCAAAGGACAAAUACAACAACUCUGUAUCCAACUCCAAGAGCAUCUAUGACGCAGCCAAUACUGUCAGCGGUAACCGCUACAAUGCUGCAACUGGAAUCGCAAAGAAUAAAUAUGACUCCGCUAUCUCCAAUGCAGAUACAAAGUACACUAAUUCAGUGGGUACAGCUGAUAAUAUCUAUAAAUCUGCACAGGCAAAUACAAAGUCUCAGUAUGAUAACGCCAUUGCGAAUGCUGCCGCUGGCUACGCUGCGCAGACUGACCUCGCUAAGCAGCUCCUGCAGAGCAAAAAUGAAGCAGCCCAGAAUAAAUUCGUUGGCGCGGCGCAGGCACAGGCCCAGAGUUAUUAUGCUCCUGGAACACUCCUUGGGUACGCACAGAACUUAGCUAAUUCAGCCAACAAUCAGUACAACACCAUGUAUACUGGCCGUAUGGGUACAGCUUCAACAUCAACCACUACAACACAAAGUAGUGGCAAUGAUGAUUCCAUUUGGGGAGCAGCCGGUACAAUCGGCGCCGCACUCAUCACAUGCUUCGCAGCUGGAACCAAGGUUGCCAUACGUGGCGGUUUGAAAAAUAUAGAGGACAUCAAGGUUGGCGAUGAAGUGCUGACUCUCUCAGAGAAUGGUGGCUUCACACAUAGGAAGGUUACCAAGGUUUCUAAGCCUCGAGUAAACGACACAAUCAGCGUUCGAUUCGCUAACGGUGCAACUUUCGUAACCACCAGCUCACAGAGACUCUUGACUUACGGCGGCUUUGAGUACAUUGAGAAGGUCACUCGACCAAUCAUUACAACCCAGUCCAAUCCAACGGCCAUCUUGGAGAUGCAUGCAGAUAAAAGGCAGACAGUGUAUGAUUUCACCGUAGAGGGCAACAAUAUAUUCUUUGCAAACGGUAUCGGUGUGGAAGGAGACGAUUAA